AUGACACAUCCACUUUUCAACGUCCUCGAGGAGAAGGUUUAUUUCGACCUCACUGACCACUUCGACAACCACCGCCUCAAGAAUAUUGUAUUUAGUCCCGUGAAAAGUGGACAUUCACUUUGCUGCAUCCAUCUUCAGCUGGAGCAGUCUCCGAGCACAUCUGAAAAGAUCCCGUCAGGAAUACUCUUUGAAGUGAUGGGCCAGAUUGCCAUUCAGGACUGCUACCUCACCACCCAUGGAGACUCGGAACAUUAUCCCGAGCCUGGUGAUGGUUCACCAGCCGUCUCAUGCUGGAUUGAGCCCUUACCCGACAUCUUGUCGUGUGCUGAUUGGAGGAAGGCUAUGCGAGCCAUCACGAAAAUCGCGGAGAUGGGGCCAGAGUCUCUCCUCCAUCUUCUCAGGCAUGUUCGCAUGGAUCCGCCCAGCAUUGAUUUCAUGCAACUCCAAGUGGGAUGGCGCCCUCGGGCUUCAGAGGACAUGAUAGCAGACUUUCCACUCUUCAAUCGCAAGGGAAAGCAGACUGCACCGACCUCUAUCUCCGAAGUGCCAUUCGGGAAGCCCGUACAGGUGCUGUUCACCCUUUACUCUGUUGAGCAGUGCGGCGAGAAAUAUUUGUAUGCCCACUUAAUUAGCAUUGCCGAGGUCUGA